AUGCCAACUCAUCGUUCUCAUCGAAAUAGAAAAGCGCCAUCGACCCUUUGCCUUUUACACGCUACACACAAGCCUUUCCCAACAAUGGCCCUUUACGUCAAACCCAACGUUCUCAUUGGACAAAUCCCAAAAAUGGUUGCUCGCAGCACCAAGAGAGCUUCCCCCAGGCUCGGCCCAAACCCUUAUCUCCAGGAAGCCAAGAGAGUCGUGCCAGCAGUGGCCAUUUGGGGCUCGCUAAUGUUUGGCUUUCUGGCAUGGCCUUCUGUCGUCGUUGAAGCCAACAAAGCCGGAUACUGGUAUGUUUAG